ACAGAUAUAAAAUCUCUCCUGUUUCUUUACGUUUUUCCUUCUUCUCCUCAAGUCUCUCCCUCUACUUUCCUUCCUUCUUCUUUCCUCGUUCACAAACACACCUGAAAACUAUUUCUUUUCUAUUUUGGUUUUCUCUUUUUUAAAAAAAAUUCCAAAAGCGGAUUUUUUAUUUCAUCUGAUUUAUUUCGGCCAUUUCUGAUUUUUUUUAAUCGAGUUUUUGGAUUUUAUGACGGUUGGAAGAUUGAUUUUGGCUGUUGAUUCUUUCUCCUCUUCUUCUGAGGUCAAUGUAGCUGGGUUUUUCUCCAAAAUUAGGGUUUCCUUUUCAAAGUUUGGGGAUUUUGCUACCAAACUAUGUAGUUAAGGAAGCUGGAGCCUCGUAAUACUAAUAAUAACAACGAAAAGAUCCUCUUUUUAUCUUUCCUGGGUUUAGAUUGAAAUCUCCAUUUUUUUUCUUUGAUUUUAGCUUUAUUCUUCCAAGGAUUUGCUUUCCUCUUCUUAUUCUUCUUCUUCUUCUUCUUCUAAUUUUGGUCAAGAGCUUAGAUUUUUUUUAUUUGACGCUUUUACCCCUGCUGAUUAUUGAAGAAAGUUAUGAUUUUUGUUGCAUAGUUGAUCUGUUUGAGGCUUGGAGCUGUCAAUUGAGUAAAUCACUGAAGUUUGAGGCGGGAUAUUGGAGUAUGGAGCAAUAAAAUGCUGAAUUUGACACAAAUCUGAGUGAAAAUAGAUUAGAUUAAGCUCUCUGGGGCAUUAGGUAUUAUUGAAGAGUUUUUUUGGGGGGCGGUUGAGAAUGGAUCAUGUGAUUGGUGGUAAGUUCAAGCUUGGAAGAAAGAUUGGCAGUGGCUCUUUUGGAGAACUCUAUUUAGGGGUAAAUGUGCAAACUGGAGAGGAAGUUGCUGUCAAACUGGAAUCUGUGAAGACCAAGCAUCCACAGCUUCAUUAUGAAUCAAAAUUGUAUAUGCUUCUUCAAGGAGGAACGGGUAUUCCCCACCUCAAGUGGUUUGGAGUUGAGGCAGAUUACAAUGUCAUGGUAAUCGACCUUCUUGGACCUAGUCUGGAAGAUUUAUUCAACUACUGCAACAGGAAACUCUCAUUAAAAACAGUGUUGAUGCUUGCUGAUCAAUUGAUUAAUAGAGUAGAAUAUAUGCAUUCAAGAGGUUUUCUUCACCGUGAUAUAAAGCCUGACAACUUCUUGAUGGGCCUAGGUCACAAGGCUAAUCAGGUAUAUAUCAUUGACUAUGGUCUUGCAAAGAAGUAUAGGGAUCUUCAGACUCAUAAGCACAUCCCAUACAGAGAAAACAAGAACCUCACAGGGACAGCUCGUUAUGCAAGUGUGAACACUCACCUAGGAGUUGAGCAAAGCCGAAGAGAUGAUUUGGAAUCUCUUGGUUAUGUGCUUAUGUAUUUCCUGAGAGGAAGCCUUCCCUGGCAGGGAUUAAAAGCUGGCACAAAAAAGCAAAAAUAUGAUAAGAUUAGUGAAAAGAAGGUAUCAACUCCCAUAGAGGUGCUCUGUAAGUCAUAUCCAUCUGAGUUUGUGUCAUACUUUCACUACUGCCGAUCUUUGCGGUUUGAAGAUAAACCAGAUUAUUCAUAUUUGAAGAGGCUUUUCCGAGACUUGUUUAUAAGAGAAGGUUAUCAGUUUGACUAUGUCUUUGACUGGACUGUUUUGAAGUACCCACAGAUUGGCGGCAGCUCGAGAGGGCGGCAUACCAGUGGAAGAGCAGGUUUAGCUGCAGGACCAGCUAUAGAAAGACCAGAAAGAAUCUCAGUGGGUAGAGAGAUUCGGGAUAGAUUCUCUGGUGCAGUUGAAGCAUUUUCCAAAAGAAAUGUUUCAAAUACUAGUCCUCGUCGUGAUCAUUCUAGACACAAGACUGCUGAGGAUGUAACUUUGUCAAAGCAUGUGCACCCUGAUUCAGAUAAAAGACGCAGUUCUUCUCGAUAUGGUAGCACUUCAAGAAGAGCUGUGGCAGCGAGCAGGCCUAGUUCAUCGGGUGAACCGAGUGACAUUCAACAGAACAGACUAGUAUCGAGUGGUGGUCGCAUGUCUACCACACAAAGAAUCCAACUUGCCUUUGAGGCCAAAACAUCUAGUCGUGCUGCCCCUGUUAGAGGAAGCCGUGAUGAUCAUCCUCUUCGAAGUUUUGAGCUGCUCUCGAUUAGGAAAUAAUGGAGUUUGUGGGCUGAUGCUUUCAAGAAGUUCCAAUGUCACUGUGUAUAAUGGGGAUAUCACCAGAUUGAAUGGCACUACAGCUCAUGUGACUUCCCUUACCACAUUUGCCAAUUCUUUUUUCCAAGAUUGUUUUAGCCCCGGUGAGUUUAUGGCCAGUGUAACGUGUUUAAGGCUGCAUGGAAGAGAACUCAUUAUUGGGAAUCGUAUUUGUCAAAUGCAACUUGAAUAGCUGCAAUAAAAUACUCUUUUCAUCUUUUUUCCCCUUAUCCUGAAUAACUAAAUUUACUAGUUGAACACUUGAUAAAGCAUUAAUAUAAACCUUUUGAAGCCGAA